UCCUUCAAACACGUCAAAUUUCAAUAAAAAUCGCUUUUGAUUUUUCGCUGGUUCCUCUGGCUCACUCUUUCUUUUUAUUACCAUCUGCAGACCAACUUCUCGGGUACUCCAGAAAUCAUGGCUGAAUCUCAGGCAAACGAUAAUAACACUUGCGUAGUGUGUUUCAAGAACGUCUUGUACUAUUCUGUUGGUGAAUGCGACCACCCCGUUUGCUUCGAGUGUUCCACUCGCAUGAGAGUGCUGUGUCUACAGAAUGAGUGUCCUAUUUGUCGCCAGGAUUUGUCAAGGGUUGUGUUUACGGACACUGUACAACCCUAUAAGGAGUUGUGUAAGAAGGUUUUCGCUGAUCGACUAUUCGAGCGGCAGUUUAAAAUAGGAUUCUGCAGCGAAGAUAUAAAACAUGCUUAUGAUCGCUUAUUGGAAAAUCAAUGCUGCUUAUGUGAUAAAAUUCCUUUUCGUACAUUUACUAUGCUAGCUGAUCAUAUGAGGAAAGUUCAUGAAAGAUACUACUGUGACCUGUGCGUCAAACACCUAAAGAUUUUUACAAAUGAAAGAAAGUGCUACACUAGACAGGAGUUAGCUCACCAUCGACGGAAGGGUGACCUCGAUGAUACGUCACACAGGGGGCACCCGUUAUGUGAGUUUUGUGAAGAACGGUUUAUGGAUGCGGACGAGCUGUACCGUCACUUGCGGAAGGAACAUUUGUACUGUCACUUGUGUGAUGCUGAUGGACGAAACCUGUACUACGCCUCACAUUCGGCCUUGGCUCAUCACUUCCGGACUGAGCAUUACCUGUGUGAGGACGGUGAAUGUGCUGGACAACACUUGACCGCUGUUUUUAGAAGUGAAAUUGACUUAAAAGCCCAUAAAGCGACCGUGCAUGGCAAAGGAAUGCCGCGCGGGGCGGCGAGGCAGGCUAGAACAUUGGAGCUUCAAUUCAAUAUCACACCACACCCUGUAGUGCAGAGGGCUACUAGGACGGUAGAGCAAGAGCGAGAGCCCGAGGCCCCGGAGUCAAUAUUCGCGGGGACGAGCGCGGGGCGGGGCCUAGACCCGCACAGCGACAAACAGUUCCCCCGCCUCUCCGCCGCGCCCCCCGCCCCCGCGCCGCUGUUGGCCGCGCCCUCCUCGCGCUCCUAUAGAGGUUCCGACGGUCUGACCCGCAACGACAAGAACUUCCCCGCCCUGGACGGAUCGGGGCCGGCGGGGCCGUCGGGGCCGUCGCGGCCGCCGCCCGCGCGACCCCCCGCCGCCACUGUGCUCAGGAGCUCGGCCUCAAAGCCCGGUCUAUCCAUCCAAGUGCACAGCCAGCCAGCCAGCGCCAGCAACUUCAGGCUGACACAAACAAGCAGUAACCGUAUCACUCACAUGCCGGCCAAGAAGAGCGUGCUAAGCGAUGACGACUUCCCCUCGCUCGGUGUCGCGAGGGACGACCAUCCAUCCAUCGGAGCGGGAUCCGUCCAACCGCCGAAGGUUACGUUAAUCAACAGCGAAGAAUUGAAGGUGUUGAAAAACAACCAGCAGAAUAACCAACCUAAGAAGGCUUCGCUCAGCGCCGAAGCCUUCCCGGCUCUUUCGUCCUCGGCCGCCCCGACCGCGCCGCCGCAGUGGAUCACCGUGUCCAAGUCCAAGGAGAAACUCAAGGCCAAGCCCGAACCGCCGCCCACGCCCAAGCUGAAGACGUUCAACCCCAUAGCGGACUUCCCCACUCUCCCCGUCAACCCCGCCCCUCCCAUCAACAACAAUAAGCCCAAAGCGAAGAAAACCCAACCGCAACCGCAGCCGCAGCCGCCUCCCGUCAGUGUCCAGAAUGAAAAUAAUAAAAACAAGAAGGAGAAGAAGAAGCAGAAUUCGAAGAAAGAAAACUACGUCGACCUCAGUCUGCCCGAAGACUUCGGCGCCUUUAAAAAGUCGAAGGACUACAUCGCGGCCUGCGUAAACAACAACAACACUAGCGCCGAGGCCGACAAGAAGCUCAAGACCGUCACCGAAACGCAAAGCAGCACGCAAAGGAAUGCGACGGAUUUCAAACUCGCCCCGAAAGAGUACCCGCCGCUCAGCGCCAAAGUCGAUAACGUCAGACCGGUGCAGAACGGAAGCGUCCCGCCCGGCUUCAAGAAGCAACCGUCCUGCAACGGGAUGACCUUCACGAAUUCGUCCGGCCAGACCUUCUCCGCUCCGGUCCACACGUACAUCCCACCGCCAAACUUCGAGCAGCGGAAUCGGAAUUUAGUAAAGAAGUUCGUAGACGCUUUGGGCAGCGCGGAAGCGGUCGAGGACUUCAAGGUGGCAUCCCGCGCGUUUCGCGACAGCAUCAUCAGCGCAGAGGAGUUUUAUCGCCACUGCAAAUCGGCCAUGGGCUCGGAGUUGGACGCCGUGUUUCCGGAUCUAGUGGCGCUUCUCCCGGAUAUAGCCAAGCAGCAGGAGCUAGUGGUGGGCAGAGAUAUCGGUGCGAAGUUGGACAUGUGCGCGACUUGCGGCCAACUUCUGUCGCCUUCCGACCGCGUGUCCCACAACUCCGCUCAUUGGCCGCCGCUCGCUACGCGCUAACUGUGAUAAAGUUCUGUUUUCGCGUGGUCAGGUUUAGUUGAUUCGAAACAGUUUAUAACAGGUAUUCUUGAGUUACAAGACUUUUUUGCAUUAAAUAAAGGUGCGUUCACCAUGCUACUACAUUUUUGUUAAGCACUGCGUAAGACAGAAAGCUACAGAGAUAUACAUGACUAAUUUGCACCAUUCGCCACUAGAGCAUAUCUGUGUUUUUUUAUGUCACAGUGUUGCUCAAAUAGUUUCAGCUCUUUGAACGCACCCUAACUCAUUGUAUUAUAAUUUCAUCCGGCAAAAUUUUAUAUGCGUUGAAGCUAAAUGUUUCAACAUAAGUUAAAUCAUAUUUUUCACUGAUAAAAUUCUUCUCUUAGUGAACAAACUUUCUUAGAGAUUUAUUUUGUACAUAAGAACUUUAGUUACUUACACUUUUUUUAUAUAAAAUAUAGUUUUAGAAUCUUAGUUCACAUCAGGCUUCAGUAAAGUAAUAUUUCAUCCACUAUAAAUGAUCGGAAUAGAAUUAAGUACACUUAACAAAGUUUUGGGUUACUACUUACUGUCUAAUUUUUAUUAGAGCUUCUUGAUAUUCAUUUUUACACCUUAAUAAUUUAUAAAGACAAAUGUAUAUAAUAUACUGACAUGCAUACAGUAUAUAAAAUAAUAAUUUUUAUUAUCCGUAGCCAGCUUCAUAACUUUCUGAAACUAAAAAGUAAAGAAUGUAAGCACCCGAGUCAAUGGCAAUUCAAAUUAUUUUUUAUUUGGUUGCAAAAUAUUAUUAAGUAAUUUCUGCCUUCGCUCAAGCUCUUGCUAAAACCUUAAAAUUUUCGUUUUCAGUGAAAACUUAUUGAAAACCGUGUUACAAUUUUGAGUCUAGGCAGAAGAUUAAAAAAAAUAGUUUAAUAUAAUAUCUAUUUUGUAUAAAAAGCUUAUUUUUGUAAAUGCUAGCAAAAUAUAUCUAUAGGAUCGAUAUUAAUUGGCCUUUCAACUUAGCAUAGACCCUAGACAACACAUGUGGUUUUGUGUACAUGUACUUUUCUUUUGGCGAUUUUUUACUAACAAUUUUUAUAUCCAGGGUAAUUUUUACUGAAAAAGUAUAAUUUAAAAAAUUUUAAAGGAACAAAUAAUUAUUUAUGUUGUUUAAGUAUUUGAAUUUCGAAAAAUAUUGUAGAGGGAUUCCAAGUUUAAGUUUAACUUGUUCUAUGACGCUUUUAGCAAUUGCAUCUUUACUGUGUACUUAGCUCGUUUAGAAUUUUAUUAAAUCUUUUAUUAAAUACAAAGUCUUUGUACUAUCGAGGAAGUUGAUUCCUAGGCA